GCAAAAUGCCGUAGACAUAUUAUACCGAACGUAUAAAGCUUUGUUAGAAUGCAAUGAUUACACGAGAUUAGUAAACGGAAAUACGGUGAGUGACACAUUCCAUUGUUUAAUAUUCUCGAGCAUCGCAACGGUUAUCAUUAGCACGUAUAGACGCAAACAUGGAAGGGUUUCUAAAAUUACUUCUGGUGUUCGUAUACUUGCAAGGGGCCGUUGACGCUUUUAACUGUGGAAAUGUGAAUUUCACCGAAGUAGGCUCUGUUGAAGUGAUCUAUACACCUUCAGAUAAUUGCCGACAGUUUACACGACGUUUUUUUGCACCAACGGGAAGAAAAAUCGCAGCUGUGGCUUCAGUAAUGGGACCCACAGCAAACUGUACGGCUAUAUCACCUAGUGGAGUAGAAUUUGAUACAUUUAGUCAUGGAAUCGUUGCCAUUAAAAAUUUGGUAGAUGGUGUCGUCCUUGACUGUAGAACAGGAGUGAACGAUGCAAUCACUUUACACAUAACAAGUUACAACCAGAGUGAAGUGUGUUCAUCAAUCACCCACAGCCUCACUCCUGGAAGUUCUGCUUCUGUAGGCAACUACGACGGUAACACAAACUACUUACCGCAACAAUUAUGUGUUUGGGCAGUCCAAGCUACCAACGCAUCCGACAAUUGUAACUUUACAUUCGUAAACACUGGAGUUCAAAGCUUGCCCCCCGGGGAUUUUGUCACGGUAAUAACAAAACGCAUUUGAACAGAUUGUCAUCUGCUCAGGUGUCU